AUGAUCCUGACCCGUACUAUCUGGCUACGAGAUACCAGACUAAGCAGAGUCUACUUGGAGACGAAAGAGGACACAUGGUCUUUUGGGGAUGGCAUGGUUGUCAGCCUGGGUUACUUUGACAAUCUCAAAACUUUUGUGGCAUCUUUGAGCCGAGGAAUCAACCGCAGAGUGGCGCUUACUCACUACUCCAAUAUUGUUCGAGAAACAUCUGUAUCAUGUUUCCUAAAAUGGGCCGAGAAGUCAGAGAUCGAUCUCUUCGAACAUGCCUCAGUACUCGUUCAUGCUAUUGUCGUACAAUGUCUGAUGGGGCCUGACUUCUACGCCGAAAAUGGCAAUGAAUUGUACGGCCUGCUUCACGGCAUGGAAGCUGAUAUUGGCAACAUGUUGAACUUCAUCCUUCCUGACUGGGUGCCUCAUCCGGCGGCUCUACGUUAG